AUGGCAGACGGUGUAGAGACGUGUUCGCCUCUAUUCAGCCGUUACACUCUGCUGCUCCUCGGGGGUCUUAUUGAAGCGGCGCAGCAGAGAGGAGAGAGUGUUGUGAUGACAGUGGAAAAUGGACGCUGCACCUCACAACAAACUGCUCCGCUGGCUAAGAAGAAAUUGAAAGUUCGAGUUGGCCCGUGGGAACUGUGA